AUGGGGUCGUCCCGCUACGCCUUCUUCGCGCUCCUCACGGCCUUCUUCCACACGGCGCUCCUCUGCGUCUACCAGUACGUGGCGCCCACGAUCGCGCCGGCGUCGGGCCCCUACGCGCUUGUGUUCGCCAACCUGGUGCACUUCUUCUUCGAGACGCCCAAGACGUACCACUUCCAGCUGCUCGGGGCGCUGGAGCUCUCCGACAAGUCGUUCGCCUACCUCCUCGCCAUCCAGCUGGCGUGCUCGAGCCCGCCGCGGUCGCUGCCCUCGCUCGCCGCCGGGGUCAUCGCCGGGCUUCUCUACCGCGUGCCGGCGAUCCGGUCCCGCGCCGACUUCCCCGACGGCCUCAUCUCCGCGUGCUCAACCUACGUGCUCCCGCUGCUCGGCACGGGCCAGCGCGGCGCCUCGCGCACGCGGCGCGGCUACGACCGCGUGCGCCCGGUCGGCGUGAUGGACCCUGCCGAGGGCACGGUCUCGCAGCACCACAUCGAGACGCUCGAAGCCAUGGGCUUCUCGCAGGAGGACAGCGCCGCCGCCCUGCGCCGCCACCACGACGACGUCCACCGCGCCACCGAGCAGCUGCUCGGCACGUCGGCAUAG